GCACUCCUCUACUGCUUCAUCCCCUAGCAUCAUCAUCCAUGGCCUCCACGGCUGAAGUGUUAGUGGCGGUGAAGUCCUCGCCGGACAGGUUCUGGGAAGCCAUCCGCGGCUCCACCGAGCUCUUCCCCAAGGUCUUCCCCGAGCAGUACCAGAGCAUCGAGAUCGUCGAGGGCGAUGGCCGCAGCGCCGGCACCGUCCGCCUGCUAAAAUACGCCCAGGGAGUUCCACUGGUGACGUUCGCCAAGGAGAAGAUCGAGGAGGUGGACGACGCAAGCAAGCAGGUGUCGUACAGCCUGAUCGACGGCGAGCUGGUGAGCUACUACAAGAACUUCAAGGCCAGCCUGAAGGUGGAACCCAACGGCGACGGCAGCCAGGUGAAGUGGUGCAUGGAGUACGAGAAGGCCAACACAGAGGUCCCUGACCCGGACCUCGUCAAGGAGACGGCGACCAAGACCUUCAGUGCCUUGGAUGAGUACCUCGCCAAGAACUAGGAAUGCUAAGAAUGCUAUGGCAGUGAGAAUAAAGCCAAGAACGACAUGCCUGUGUCAUGGCCGUGCUCGGCAAUGGGAUCUUCUGGUGUUGGAAUCA